AUGGACACACUCAACAGGGACUGCCUGUCGCAGAUAUUCCUCAAACUCAAUUUCAUCGAGCGAGUUCGAUUAGAGCAUGUAUGUCGUAUGUUCUACUAUGUGCUGCAGCAACAGUCUACCUUUUCUGAUAACGUUAAAGUGGAUAUAUCGGAAUUUCUGAUAAAUACCUCGACAGAUUACUACCAGCAGGAUAGCCUGAGCUUUCUUCCGACGGUCGUGGGAGUGAUCGAACGAUGCGGCCACUAUGUUCAACAGCUGAGUUUCGGGCAACGAUGGUUGCGCAUUUCACAGCCAAUAAUCGACUGCAUUGCCGAAAACUGCAAGCGACUCACUGUCGUGGAUCUCGGAGCAGUGAUUCUCAACGCCGACUUGAGCCCUCUGUUAGAGCAAAUCGCGCCCCAGUUGCAGGAAUUUUCGCUCGAAGAGACCAGUUGGAUUAAUAUUGAGUGUGCCGAGAAGGUGCAAAACUACUUUAAAUCGAUGAAGAAGCUGCAGAAGCUCAAUCUCCGUUCCGCCAUGUUUCAACUUACGCGACUCGCCGAAUUACCGGCAACCCUGCAGUAUCUAGAGAUCGGAGGCGCCCACUCGUUCCCCUCUGAAGUGCUUCUGGAAUUUUUGCAAAACCACGACCGGCUCGAAGAAUUCCACGCAUCACCGGUGCCAGUGCUUGAUGAGGAAAUAAUCGCCGCUAUUGGAUCAUUGGCCAAUCUGCGACAUCUUUCUCUUGGCCACUCUUACAAUACCGAUUUGCACUUCGAUGAGUUAGGGAACCUGAUGAGUCUGGAGUCCCUUCGAUUGAAUGAUGUGUACGGCUUGACAGAUACGUCUCUACAGCUCAUUUUGUCACGACUAUCGAAGUUAGAACGAAUCACGCUGGCAAAUUGCAAGAGCGUCUUCGACUAUACUGCCCUUGGCAACUGUUCGCGACUGCAAUCUCUCGAAAUUCGAAACACUAUGCAACUUGCUAACGAGGAUAUACUUGCCCUUUGUUCGUAUGGCAAUCUCAAACGACUCGUGCUUUCGAACUGCUUCAAUUUCUCAUCACGUGGAGUGAAUAUCGCACUGAUGCGCUGUCAGUUGAAAGAGUUGACGGUCAAUAAAUGUGCGAGGGUUACCGACGAGAUGAUGUACACACUGGCAUCAACACAACGAGAACUAGAGAGCAUUUCCAUCCAGGAAUGCUCGGCUAUCACCAGCAAGGGAGUCUCAGCGUUGGCAUGGCUACGGAACAUUCAUUUAUUACGCGAGGUGGACGUAUCUCGGAAUCGAAAUGUCGACGAUACCGUGGUACGCAACCUGCACACUGCCCUCGUCACUUCGGCAAAACGCCACCGCUCCCCUUCAACCGACAGCAAGACAGAAGCUGACAACGAGCCUCACAAGAAACUAGUGAUGUAUAUUUUCGACACGAGCAUCUCACGGGCAGUCGAGCAAGAAGUGAAAGACUGGAUAACGCUUUGCUAG